CAAACGUUGCUACAUAAGUAUAUUCCACUGUCGUCUCUCCCUCUCUUCCGUAUUUCUAAGGCCUUGUUUGGUUGGGUUGCCCCUCGUUUCUCAUUGCCUUUCACAAAAGAGUUUCGGCCUUGCUCUCUCUCUUAUCUGUUCCUCAAAACCCAUUAGCGCAGAAAACACCCGCGAACCCAGAAGAAGAAGAAGAAGAAGAAGAUUCAAAGCCAUAGGCUUUAGAUCCGCUCUGUAUCCAAUCAAUCAUGGCGACUCCUGAAAUUCUUAACAGAGAAGACGGCCUUUUCCUCUCCUCUCCUCUCCUGGAACCUCGAAAUGGAGAGAGUGACAAAUCUCGUGGCAUGUCAAUUGAGAAGAAGAUUGAGUUUCUUGAGAGCUUGGCUGGAACGGUAAGCAACAGACGGUCUCGAAGAUGGAUAAACGAUCGUCUUUUGAUGGAACUUGUUCCUCGUCUAAAUGCAGAAGAAAUUAGAGGCUUGUUUGCUCCACCACCUUGGGGUGAUGAUGUACCGCUGUCACCAUUUUGCAUGACUAAUGUACGAGAGUGGGACACAUUUAGGAAUAUAGACAUGGACAAACAGGCUAAUAUCAUUGGUUCCUCAAUAAGCUCCUGUGCAAAGAAUAAGGGUCCUGUUGAUGCUGAUAAAAUGGCUGUGUUAAAUGCAUGGCGAAGGAUUGAUUCUCGAACAAGACAGGCACUUCGUCGUGGCGUUGUUUCAGAGCUUAUUGAGUGCUAUGAGGAGCGCAUAAGGGCUUUUGUGAGAGAGACUGAAGAUGGAGAUGGUCUCAUCCUGCAGGUUCAAGAUCCUUUCCGUCGAUUGUUGCUCCAUGGUGUUUGUGAGUUCUACAACUUGGUGUCGGUGACGGUUACUGAAUCAGAGAAUGGGGAGGCAAUUAAGGUGACAAAGAUAACAAAGAAAAAGGGGCGUUCAAUUGAACUUCCAAAUAUCACUCUAUCCCAUUUCUUGAAGAUGUCCAAGCAAGGAAUGUGGUGAUUCCAUUUCCAUUUGGUUAACUUAAAAUGUAUAAUAAAAUCUGGGCGUACUGUGGUGUCAGUAACCUUGUGUGUUAGCAGCAUGAUGUAAAUUAUCAAGUCACUUUGCCCUGAUUAUUAGCUCCUGUAAAUUAUCUAGGUUUGUUUUCCGUGAAAAGAUUUUCUAAAUGUACUAUAUCCGUCAGUCAACGAAUGAAGUUGAUUGUAAAUUUAGGACAUGUGAUUAUAAUUUACAAAUUUGUUUUUCUUCAGAAA